GUAUUUGAUGGCGCUGGAGCGGCUGUGUGGAAGUUUUUGCGCCUGGGUGCAGGAUGUGUGUGUGUCGGAGUGCGCUGUGAGGAUUUAACCUGCUGCGGGGGAUUUCGGCUUUUCCGUUACAUUUGCCUUGUUGUCGUGGGAAACAGGUUCAAGAUGCCGCGCUCGUUUCUCGUCAAAAAGCAUUUCAACUCCGCCAAGAAGCCGAAUUACAGCGAACUGGAAUGUCCAACAGCGUUCGUGUCUCAGCAGCUCCUCAAAAGCCUGGUGAUGCCUGUGAUCCCGCAGCCCGAGGUGUUGAGCCCGGUGAUGUACAGUCCGAUCACCAUGUGGACAGCGAGCGACUCUCCUCCAUCACCGCUUCCCACUGACCUCUCGCCCGUGUCGGGAUACCCGUCGCCCAAGGACAGCCACGAGAUCCCGAGGAGCGACGAGGACGAGCACGAGCACGAGCAGCCAGCCUCCAUCACCAUCACCACCACCACCAGCGGAUCGGAUGUGGCGGAGAAGUUCCGCUGUGCUCUGUGUCACAAGUCGUACUCGACGUACGCGGGCCUGCUCAAGCACAAGCAGCUGCAUUGUGACGCGCACGCGCGCAAGGCCUUCAGCUGCAAGUACUGCGAGAAGGAGUACGUGAGCCUCGGCGCUCUCAAAAUGCACAUACGGACACACACGCUGCCGUGCGUCUGCAAGCUGUGCGGCAAGGCUUUCUCACGCCCGUGGCUGCUACAGGGACACAUCCGCACUCACACAGGCGAGAAGCCGUUCUCGUGUUCUCACUGCAGCCGCGCGUUCGCGGACAGAUCCAACCUCAGGGCCCACCUGCAGACGCACUCGGAUGUGAAGAAGUACCAGUGCAAGAACUGCUCAAAAACCUUCUCCAGAAUGUCUCUCCUGCACAAGCAUGAGGAGUCGGGAUGCUGCGUCGCCCACUGACCCCGCUCCCAAAUCCCUUCCCACUUCCCUCCUAUAAAAAACUGCUCUGGAAAAUAAUUCUUUCUUCACAGUGCCUUUAAAAAUUGCAAUAUUUGUCAAUUUCCGCACACAGUAUUCUUAAUUCCAGGGGCGCGUGUGACUGAGUGUUCCUUUUUUUUUUUUUUUUUUUUAUAUCAGGCGCUCCAUCAUGUGCUUCCUAUUUGUAAACAGUAUUCUGACUGUUUUUUUCCCUCCGUGUUGGCCUUUUUUUAAUCCUUCUGUGUACUGUAAGAAAGAAAAUGUUUACUGCUACAUGCUAUCGUAAUAGGAGGCCUGCUCGUAUUUGAGCAAUAACCUAAGCCAACUAUUAUCCAUUAUUGGAUAUUUAACGGUAUGACAAUUAACUUGUUAGAGCUGUUCUGUUUAAUAGCAGGUGUAUGACGGCCAGACCAAAGACUCGAGGACCAAAAGCCAUCUUCAUAGAGGGAACAAGUGCAAAGUAUUUAAACCGUUAUCACGUACUGACAGUCGGACUCGCAGCGCUCUGUCAAGUGCCUUUCUCAGAGCUUUAUACUCGGUUAUUUUUAUACAUGUUUGAAUGUAUGUGUGACUGAAAUGAUUGUAUAUUGUUUGUACGUAUGCAUUUAAGUGGAAUGGGUGAUGUUUUUGUAUGUCUUUUUUUUAUACACUUUAUGAAUAAAAAAGCUUCCUAUUAUUUUUUAAA